CUUGCUCUCUGGCCUCCCAUGGCUUUACGAGUGGAAGAACGGUGGCUGCAAAAUGAUGUGCCGGAUCCGGUUUUUACCGGAAUGGUGGAAGACUUCAAAAGCUUUGAUGAAGUGAUGAAGACUUGGAGCGAAAAGUUGGAACUCUUUGUGCAUGGUGUCCAUGAGCUAACCUCAGGUGUUCAGAGCCUUUCGGAAGGCUUGGCCGAAGAGCUGAAACGACAGGACCGCAUGUUCAUCUCGGAGGGGUGUCGGCUCCGCGAAGCAGCCCAACAGAUUGCGCGCCGUGAUGCUCCCCACAGCGUCAUUGCAAAGUUCAACCGCAAUGUGGAAUUUAACAUGGCAACGCCACUCAAGGAUCACUUAGAAAAUCACGAACAACUUCGACAACAACUGGAGAAACGUGAGCUGUGUUUGACGGCACUGAAGGAUGCGCUUCAGCAAGUGGAGCUUUGCGAGGGCCUCACGGAAGCAGAUCUGCGGAAAAGACUGGCGCAGGACGAGUUCCGAGCUUCGAAGGUCACCUUCAACAAGCUGAAUCGGCACAUCUUUGAGUGGCUCUAUGUCCUGGAGGAACAUCGAGGGGACAUCAUGGACUCCUGUUUGCAGACUUUGAAAUAUUUGCAGUACGAUUUCUUCUCCUCUGCAGCUCACGCGGUGUCCAACGUCCUGCCAGAGCAAAUGUCCUUUCGACCCAUGACGGACAUGCUACCAGAGUGCCUCCAAGCACAAGUGGAAGAGAAACUCAACUUGUCCGAGGACAUUGAGGCCGCCGAUGCGCGUGAGAUCUUCGUGCAGCGCUUGUUGCAACGACUGGUUUCGGAGAAUAAGGAUCGGCCAGGUGCUCCUGCGCUGAGCACCCCUGCCACUCAGGUGGAUCCAUUGUCGUUGUCCUGCCUGUUGUCCCACGGCUUUGAAGAGGGCCCCGCACGGCGGGCCUUGCGGAAGACCAUGAAUGACACGCAGGCAGCGAUGGAGUGGCUUCUGGCAGGUGAACCAACCACCAGGAGCUCGGAGGGCGGGCCCCUGAGGUGAAAAA